AUGUCUUCCUCGAUGAAUGUGGCGACGAUGCAGCCCUUGAGUUUCUCUCGCCGGCUCGUUCCCUCUGCGGUUUCUCGCGGACUCUCUUCUUCUUCUGUGACCGUUGCUGGAUUGUCCGGUAGAAGCCCAGCUUACGCGCCUUCUUUCCGUUCGAUUAAAUGCGUCUCUGUAUCGCCGGAAGCUUCAAUAGUAACUGAUACAAAAAAGUUGGCAGAUGCUUCUAAGAGCACAAACCUCAUACCAGUUUACCGCUGCAUAUUCUCCGAUCAGCUUACUCCUGUUCUUGCUUACCGUUGUCUGGUCAAAGAAGAUGACCGUGAAGCUCCUAGCUUUCUCUUUGAGUCCGUUGAGCCAGGCUCUCAGAUGUCAAACGUUGGUCGUUACAGCGUUGUUGGGGCUCAACCGGCGAUGGAGAUCGUGGCAAAAGAGAAUAAAGUUAUUGUUAUGGAUCACACGAAUGAAAGCAUGACUGAGGAAUACGUUGAAGAUCCAAUGGAGAUCCCAAGAAAAAUCUCUGAGACAUGGAACCCUGAUCCUCAACUAGUUCAGGACCUUCCAGAUGCGUUUUGUGGUGGGUGGGUUGGUUUUUUCUCGUACGACACAGUUCGAUAUGUCGAGAAAAGGAAACUCCCAUUUUCAAAGGCCCCUGAGGAUGAUAGGAACCUGCCAGACAUGCAUCUUGGUCUUUAUGACGAUGUAAUUGUAUUUGAUCACGUGGAGAAGAAAGCAUACGUUAUCCACUGGAUUAGACUAGAUGGGAGCAUUCCCUAUGAGAAGGCAUACAGUAAUGGAAUGCAACAUUUGGAGCACUUGGUGGCCAAGUUACACGACAUUGAGCCGCCAAAGCUGGCUGCAGGUAACGUGAAUCUCCAGACGCGACAAUUUGGGCCAGCGUUGGAAAACUCAAACGUGACAUGUGAAGAGUACAAGGAGGCUGUGGUCAAGGCUAAAGAACAUAUACUUGCAGGAGACAUAUUCCAGAUCGUCUUGAGUCAGCGCUUUGAAAGGAGAACAUUUGCAGAUCCCUUUGAAGUUUAUAGAGCACUAAGAGUUGUGAAUCCGAGUCCGUAUAUGGGCUAUUUGCAGGCUAGAGGAUGUAUUAUGGUAGCAUCAAGUCCAGAGAUUCUCACCAAAGUAAAACAGAACAAGAUAGUGAAUCGGCCAUUAGCAGGAACCAGCAAGAGAGGGAAGACUGAAGCUGAGGAUAAGAGAUUAGAGAAGGAGCUGCUAGAGAAUGAAAAGCAAUGUGCUGAGCACAUCAUGUUGGUCGAUCUCGGACGCAACGAUGUUGGAAAGGUUGCGAAAUACGGUUCUGUGAAAGUGGAGAAACUUAUGAACAUCGAACGUUAUUCACAUGUUAUGCAUAUAAGCUCGACUGUGACAGGAGAGUUACAAGAUGAUUUAACUUGCUGGGACACACUACGCGCUGCUUUACCAGUGGGAACAGUUAGUGGUGCGCCAAAGGUUAAAGCCAUGGAGCUAAUCGACGAGCUCGAGCCUACACGGCGUGGACCAUACAGUGGAGGUUUUGGAGGAGUCUCGUUCACCGGUGACAUGGACAUUGCUUUAGCCCUUAGGACGAUUGUUUUCCCGACAGCAAGUCAGUACAAUACAAUGUACUCUUACAAAGAUGCUAACAAACGCCGUGAAUGGGUGGCUUAUCUUCAAGCCGGAGCCGGUAUAGUAGCUGAUAGUGACCCGGAAGACGAGCACCGUGAGUGCCAGAACAAAGCCGCUGGUCUUGCUCGAGCCAUUGACUUGGCUGAAUCAGCAUUCGUCAAGAAAUAG